AUGGGGGAUCAUCCCUGGCUAGUAGUAGGGGAUUUUAACUCUAUUCGUAAUGACUCGGAACGCAUUGGUGGUAAUCCUCGACCGUUGGGUUCGAUGACUGAUUUUAAUAAUUGUUUAGAUCAGUGUGGUCUUUUUGAUCUUUCUAGUGGAGGGAAUCAGAUGUCUUGGUGUAAUGGGCAUGAGGGGAGCUUUAGAAGCUGGAUAAAAUUGGAUAGAGUGGUCAUUAACAAUGCUUUCUCAUCUCAGUUUCUGUUUGCACAACUGGAAUAUUUGAGGAGGAAAUCUUUUGAUCAUUGCCCAAUGGUAGUACAUUUUGAUCGGCCCCAUACAUCUUAUGGUCCAUCUCCUUUUUGGUUUCAGAACAUGUGGUGCUCACAUGAGGGAUUUUUCGCUUGUGUGGAGGAGGCUUGGAAUAGGCCAGAUUCGACUAGGGGGCUUUUGAAACUAGCUAUUCAUCCUAAGCGCACCAAAAUGGCGUUAUCAGCUUGGAACAAAAAUACUUUUGGUCUAGUGGAGGUUAUCGUAAAGGACUUGGAGACUUGGUUGGAGAACCUAGAACAUCAACUCCAACUUGGGUACUCUGAGGAAGUAGAAGCUGAAUUUUUGGUGACUAAAAUUGAGUUGCAGCUUUGGGAGAAUCGAUAG